CAUCGCAGCGAUUGUUUUCAUUUAUACGUAAAUUGAUCUUACGUUGCAGAAGGUUCCACGGCAGUAAUAUGCUGAAGUUAUCUUUAAAACGGUUCGCCACGGUGCUGUUUUUUCAAAUGCUGUUUCUGGUAGUCGACCUGGGUAUCAACAGCUUCUCGUAUCUUGCCCGCGGCAAGCAUGUUGCGGUCAUUUUUCUCUUCAUUGCCCAAGACGUUUGUUUGAUGCUAUCAUUUACGGCGUUCGUGUUCAGCCUGUAUUCGACGUAUGUGUAUCAGGCUGGGAUGGCAAACGUGCUGUACGAAAAGUUUCGCACUCCUCUGAUAAUCAGCAUGACGUACUUCUUCCUAAGCAUUGCUCUCCAUCUGUGGCAAGUGGUUGGCCAUGCUGAAGCCCCGUACCAAUUCCAGUGGCCGAAGGCACUAACGGCGUUGUUCAUCAUUCACAGACUCUUCUCUCCAAUCUACUACUACUUGUACAAGAAAUCGGCUUUAAAAAUGAGCGAUCCUCGAUUCUAUGAAAAUCUAGAUUGGAUUGCAUCCCAACUAUCUAUCAAAUAGAAAGAUAUUUCGUUCGGCAAUGAACAAGACGUGGCUGAUUCAUAUUACUACGAAAUCCAAAAUUAAUGUCCAAAUUAUCUCCCUAAUUGUAGUGGACAUUAGCAAUUCUACAAAGCGUUCUUAAUUAAUGGUUACGUUUUCAUCAACCGUAGCAUCAACAAAGGCAAUAUUGGGAACAUUUUUUAGAUUGAGUUCAUGCAGUUGAUUAAGUUGUCUAUUUAUCAUUUGAUAACGUUUUUAUUUUUAUCAGAAAAGGAUCUCAUUAAAAGUAUUACCGAAAUAUAAUGCAAGUAGAUUUAUAGAGGCACGUGACAUCUAACUACGACUUUAUGUGUAUCCAUAGAUUUCAUAAUCAAUUUCGUAUGGAAUUUAACAAGUACGAAUAUUAGCGUAAACAGCUGUAAUUGCAAAAGGAGUUUUAAUCGUUGCUCCAUUACAAACCAAAAGCUGUUUUUCUAGUCGACAAAAUGAAAAUAUCUCUUAUGUGAAGCAAAUAUAUAAAUGUGUUAAACAUAUCACAAUAAACUGUUCU